GUUUAGAUGUGAGGAUCGGAUGUUCGUCUCCGUCGAGGCAGGCGCUGCCACACGACAUCCCGGACGAGGGUCACUACAGUGCACACGAUCUGAUUCCACUGGCAUCCCCCUCCCGGGGGGCGACUGGCAGCCCUUCCGGGGGGGCGCCCAGCCCCCUUCGGGACGGCUGUGGCUACAUAAAGCACGCGGGGGAACCAGUGGCACGGGAGGGCGGACGGAGAUCGGGGAAAGUCGGGGGAGUCGAGGAAGGAGGGCGGAGGAACGGACGCGAAAAAGCGAUUGAGACGCAUGCCGGGCGCGGCAAGAUAAACGCAAGCGCAUUCCACGCAAGCUGAAGGAAGCAUUGCCAAGGCCGUCAAAAGGACGACCCACGCACGGCCGCAGGCUGCGUCUCCGAUAAAUAUCAAAUCAGGGAACUGAGCAACACGACCAGACCUGGCCAUGCUGGGCCAUGCACUAGGCCUGAGGGUCUAUGCACGAGCCCAGGGCCAAGGAUGGGCCUGGCCAGAGCUCCGACACAACGAGCUCGGACAAAAGGGUGUGAUUUACAAAAAAAGUGGAAUGCUUGGGGAACAACUGGCAACACCCUGUCUCGCCCAACCGUCUGUCACUGUGGCGUAACGGGCACACCGAUCUCGGGUGCUACACGUCCACGCUGGCUUGAAACUCAGGAGGGGAAGCAGGAGGAGGAGGAUGACGAGGACAAGGAGGAGGAGGAGGAGGAGGGCGAGGGAGAGAUGGACCCGCCAAUAGACGCGCGCGCCAGUACACACGCUCAAAGCCUGUGUGCACGGCACGUGGAAAAACGCAAAUCACCGUAACAGGCGGUCUGCGCGAUCGCGCCUGCUAUCACAAAGAGACCACUGGGGGCCAGUAUCGCCAACCAGGCGCGCAGAGGACGCGCGCUGCUGGACGACAGCCGACGCGGCACAUCCUCCUCGCCCUCCCUCUCAGCACGAGGAGGCUGGUAGGAGGGCGCCAGCUAUCCACCUGCACCCAUCCUUCGGCGGCGAGCGAGGGGGAGAAGCGACACGGAGAAGGCCUCCUCAGAGAGUGUUCUAAGCCUUCCCGGAAGACUCGAGCAAUCUCUCAGCAGGCGCGAGGGAGGGCUCCCGAGAAGUCGCGCCGCCAGGGGACUUCCGAGCCUUCUGCGCCUGACGCUACGAGCCCUGACGAGCUCGACAGCUUGCCUAAGAAGAGCCUUCCCUGACGAGCUCGACAGCUUGCCUGAGAGAAGCCUUC